UUUAUGUUCAUAUCAGUUUCUUAUAAGAAUUUCCAUUUCCUUAUGGAAAUUAUGAGAGUCUCUCAGCUUGGGAAAACUAGUUGAAACAGUCGCAUUUCGAGUGUCGCGAAAUGUAUUGAUAAACGCGAUUUUUAUCACUUUGACACAUGUCAAUAACAAUGCAGUGACGUUUUGCAUUUGGGAAAAAUUAGCUAAUUUCGAAUCUACCUUUAAUUAUAAAAUGUAUUUACAAAGCUGCGAACUCGUCCAAUUAUUUAUAAAGUUAUAAUAAUAUAGCAAAAUGACUACGAAGGAGCUUUAUACUAAGGGUGCCCGAAUAUGGGUGGAGCACCCAGGGAAAGUAUGGGAGAGUGCAACGGUGACGUCCGACUACCGCUCCGGUGUGCUGAUUGUCAAGGUGGACUCCAGCCAGGAGAUCCGUCAGAUUAAGAUCACUGAUGAGAAGCAGAUGCCUCCACUGAGGAACCCAUCACUCCUCAUCGGUCAGAACGACCUCACCUCUCUGUCUUAUCUGCAUGAGCCUGCCGUACUGCACAACCUUAAAGUCAGGUUUUGUGACCGCAACGCCAUCUACACCUAUUGCGGGAUUGUUCUGGUCGCCAUCAACCCUUACUAUGAUUUACCCAUUUAUGGUGAUGAGACAAUCAUGGCGUACCGUGGCCAGGCCAUGGGUGACCUCGAUCCUCACAUCUUCGCCGUGUCAGAGGAGGCCUACACCAAGCUGGAGCGGGAGACCAGGGAUCAGAGUAUCAUAGUGAGUGGCGAAUCAGGCGCAGGCAAGACGGUCUCUGCCAAGUACGCGAUGAGGUACUUCGCGGCUGUGGGCGGGAACGCCAGCGAAACCCAAGUGGAGAGAAAGGUUUUGGCUUCCAGCCCCAUUAUGGAGGCAAUAGGCAACGCGAAGACAACUCGCAACGACAACUCCUCCCGGUUCGGCAAGUUCAUAGAGAUCCACUUCGACAGCCAGUACCGAAUAUCCGGCGCCAGCAUGCGCACCUACCUGCUGGAGAAGUCGCGUGUGGUGUACCAGAGCGCUGGCGAGCGCAACUACCACGUAUUCUACCAGCUCUGCGCAGCGCACAAGCACAUGCCAGAGCUACAACUUGAUCACCAGGACUCCUUCCAAUACCUCAACCAGGGGGGUAGUCCGAACAUCGAUGGUGUCGACGAUCUGAAAACUUUCAAUGAGACCAAAAAUGCAUUAACUACUUUAGGAGUGACAGAGACGGAGCAGCAGAACAUGUUCACAGUGCUGGCGUGCAUCCUCCACCUGGGCAACGUGGAACUGGCCUGCGAGCCCGAUGGACCCACCACCGAUACUCAGGAUGGGGCGUAUAUCAAUUCAAACGACAAACACCUAACAACAGUGUGCUCGCUUCUUGGCAUAUCAAAAGCGGAGCUCGCUAGGUGGCUGACGCACCGCCGCAUAGCAUCAGCACAUGAGGUCAUAGUGUCCAGAAUGGACGUGCAAAGGGCCGCCUUCGCCCGAGAUGCCCUGGCCAAGAGGAUGUAUGGGGAGCUGUUUGCUUGGCUCGUGCGUGCUGUCAAUAGAGCACUGGAUACUGGACAUGCUAAAAAGCACUUUAUUGGUGUCCUGGACAUUUACGGGUUUGAGACGUUCGAGAUCAACUCGUUCGAGCAGUUCUGCAUCAACUACGCCAACGAGAAGCUGCAGCAGCAGUUCAAUUCGCACGUCUUCAAACUGGAGCAGGACGAGUAUAUUAAGGAGGAAAUAUCGUGGAAGAUGAUUGAUUUCUACGACAACCAGCCGUGCAUAGACCUGAUAGAGGACAAGCUGGGAGUCCUGGCGCUCCUGGACGAGGAGUGCCGCGUGCCGCAGGGCUCCGACUUGGGCUUCGUCAGCAAGCUGCACCAGCAGUGUGCCAAGUACCAUCACUACGUCAAACCACGGUUCCAUAACUCAGCAUUUAUCAUAAAACACUUUGCUGACAACGUGGAGUACCAAUCCGGUGGGUUCCUGGAAAAGAACAGGGACACAGUGUCGGAGGAGCAGCUGGAGUGCAUCAAGACGGCCACCAGCUGCCGGCUCAUCCACGCCAUGUUCGCAGCGGACAAGACAGAGCAGCACACCGCGACGCUGCCGCCGCCCUCGAGGCGACGGACCACGCCUUCCGUGCCGCCUGCUAGCCUUACUCAACCCCCCCGGCGCGCGUCCGGGCCGGGCAAGCAGACGGUGGGGUCCCAGUUCCGCGCGUCCCUGUCGGCGCUCAUGACCACGCUGUCCGCCACCACGCCGCACUACGUGCGCUGCAUCAAGCCCAACGACACCAAGCAGGCCUUCGCCUUCGACCCCGCCCGCGCGGUCAACCAGCUACGAGCGUGUGGUGUGUUGGAGACGAUCAGGAUAUCAGCCGCUGGGUUCCCGUCGAGAUGGUUGUACCAAGACUUCUUCCACAGAUAUCGUCUGCUCUGCGCGCAGAAGGACAUUGAUCGUUCCAACAUCAAGGCAACUUGCACCAAGAUCUUGGAGAAGCAGCUCAAAGACCCGGACAAGUUCCAGUUUGGAGCCACCAAGAUUUUCUUCCGAGCUGGACAGGUGGCGUACCUGGAGAAGCUGCGCGCGGACGUGCAGCGGCUGUACUGCGUGCGCGUGCAGAGCUGCGUGCGGCGCUUCGUGGCGCGCCGCCGGUACGUGCGGCUCAUGGCCGCCAUCUGCGGGAUACAGGCGCGGGCGCGCGGGUACCUCGCGAGGCUCAAAGCGCAAGAAGUCCGUCGCCAGCGCGCCGCCAUCAAGAUCCAGCGCUACGUCCGCGGCUGGCUGGCCCGCAAGCGCUACCAGCGCCUGCGCAGUCUGUGCAUUGGCCUGCAGGCGAGGGCGCGUGGAUACCUCGCACGGAGACUUUAUAAGGACAAGAGGAUGCUUAAGGCGACGAUCACAGUGCAGCGCUUCGCUCGCGGCUACCUGGCGCGGCGGCGCGUCAAGAAGAUCCGCCGACAGAUCAUUGUGGCGCAGGCGGCUAUCCGUCGCUUCCUCGCCCGUCGCCAGUACAAGCGCCUGCGCAUAGAGGCUCGCAGCCUCGACCACGUGAAGACCCUGAACAAGGGUCUAGAGAACAAGAUCAUCAGCCUGCAGCAGCGUCUGGGGCAAGCCAUGGACAAGAACAAGUGUAUUGACAGUCUCACCGCGCAGAUAGUUGACCUCAAGGCAAAGUUAGAACUCUUAAAGCUAGUUGAAAUAGAAGCUAAAACUCUUCGAGUGGACCUGUCGGACAAGAACAACCUCAUUUCAUCUCUCAAAGAAGAGUUGGAGAGCGAGCGGGACAGCAACAAGCGGCUUAUAGAAGAGAAGAGGGAGAUAGAGAAGAAGUACGAAGAAGACAGACGCACGUGGGAAGAGGAAAGUGAGAAGCUAGCGAACGAGCUGAGGAGUAAUAAGGAACAUUUCGAAAUGGCUAUUGAGGAGAGAGACAAACAACAUGAGACGGAGAAGAAAGCCCUCAGCGCGGAGCUCGAAGCGGAGAGACAGAGUCGGCAGAAGUUACUCUCAUCACAAUACGAGCUGCAAGAACGUCUCGACUCCAUACAAAGAGCGCCCCCCACCAAAGAGCACAGAAGAUCGUUGUCAGAUGCCAGCAAUAACUCACAACAGGAGACCACUGUUGAAGAUGACUAUGGCUACGGGUCGGUGCGCUCCGUGGAGACGACGCGGCCCGCGCUUGAGGCUGUCAACUGGUCUGCUGGCUCCCAGAAUGGACCCGCGCCGAUCGCCGACGCGGGGUUGGUGCUCAGAAUGCAGAACAGAAUAUCAGCGCUGCAGAGCGAGCUGUCCAGGACCGCUAAGCGAGCCAACGACCUGGAAGAGAGACUCAUGAGCCGGCUGUCAUCUGCACCGAGCAACCCCAACGUGGAGCGCUUCAAGGUGGAGGAGCUGGAGAUGGAGAACAAGAAGCUUCGAGAGCACCUGGAUCGGCUGCGGGCCACCGGGGACAGCCUCCUCUUGUCCAAGGAAGUCAUAGCUCAACUUGGCGUGAUGCAGAAUGAGCUAGACAGAAGACGAGACGAAUGUAUACAGCUUAAGAGUGUGCUCUCUAACCAGAAACCAUGGUUCCAAGCUCUAAAGAAUGUUACUACGAACUUGAAGUCGCUGGCGUCUUCCAACUACGGCUCUGACGUGGACAUCAUCAACGAAGAUGGUGAGCUCGCCACGGCGUACGAGGCUCAGAAGGGAAUUAACAGACAACUGCAAGAAGAAUUGUCGGCAGAGAAGCAGUUCUACUCCGAACACAUCAGCAAGAGUAAAGCGGAGAUUGAGAGGCUGCGAGAACAGAAUGAGAAAUAUCAGAAGUUGCUAAGUGCGGAGCUGAGCCAAGAGCCGAAGAACAAGGAGCAGGAGUUCGCGCAGAAUGAGAUCAUCAGAUUAGCGGCUGAGAGCUUGGCUCUGCAGGAGCGCGUAGACAAGCUAUCAGAGAGCUGCAGGCGGUAUAAAAACCAGAUACGGCUACUGGUGAACAAGCUGAAGGAGGUCGGCGUCGAGGAUGUCAACGACAUACUCGAGGGCGGCGACGCAGUAGUCCCCCAGAACGCCUCACUGGUGGAAAUAGCUCCGGUGACGCGCAAGAAAGAGAGGGAGUACCUCGGUAUGUUCGAGUACAAGAUACAAGAUGAACCGGCCAUCAUCAAGAAACUUAUAUUGGACCUCAAACCCCGCGUAGCUGUUACCCUGCUCCCUGGGCUGCCAGCAUACAUCCUGUUCAUGAUGCUUCGCCACAUGGACCACGUGGAUGACGAGCCCAAGAUGCACCAGCUGAUGAAGGGCGUCCGCUCCGGAGUUAAGAGGACCCUGAAGAAGCGAGCCGACAGCGUCGAGUACAGUGUGCUGUGGCUCGCGAAUAUGCUCAGACUCCUCAACAACCUGCGUCAGUACUCCGGAGACGCGGUCUACCAGAGCCACAACACACCGCGUCAGAACCAGCAGUGCCUGCGCAUCUUCGACCUCUCCGAGUACCGGCAAGUGCUCAGCGAUACUGCUGUCUCCAUAUACCAGGGUCUAAUCCUCCUGCUGGAGCGGCAGUUGGAGCGUCUGAUCGUCCCGGCUAUCCUGGAACACGAGGAGAUCAGCGGGCUGUCGGGGCCGGCCCGCGCGGCGCCUUCGCCCCCAGGAGGCGGCGCGGGCCCCACCAAGCUCAAGAUGGAGCUGUCAGCAACGCACGACCACCUGCAGACCUUCGCCAUAGACACCUCGCUCCGCGUCAUGAUAUUCAAACAGUUAUUCUACUACAUCUGCGCGUACAGCCUGAACCAGCUGCUUCUCCGCAAGGAUCUGUGCUGCUGGGCGAAGGGGCUGCAGAUCAGAUACAACAUCUCCCACCUUGAGACCUGGAUUAAGGAGAAUCUCGCUGAGUAUGGACAGAAGAGUGUGGAAGAGAUCCUGUCGGUACUGAAGCCGAUCACGCAGGCUGUUCAGCUGCUGCAGGCACGCAAGUCCAUGGCUGACGUGCAGAGCACCGUGGACAUGUGCUGCAACCUGACCGCCAUGCAAGUCUGCAAGAUCCUGAACAUGUACACACCAGCUGAAGAGUACGAGGUGAAGGUGACACGCGAGUUCAUCCACGAGAUACAGAAGAAGAUGCAGGAGAGAGCCGGCCCGCUCGCUGACAAGGAGCCGCAAAACCUCCUCAUGGACUCGAAGAUGAUCUUCUCAGUUCAAUUCCCGUUCAGCGCGUCGCCGAUCCGGCUUGAAGACAUUGAGCUGCCUGAAGUCCUCGGCUUGGACGGCUUGCUCACCAAGAUCUAAGCUUCGGCUUUAUUAUACUACAUGCAUACAUGAUGACGAUAAGCUUAAAACCUAAAGGUUUACAAAAUUCAGCUGAAUUAUUUACCAUAAAAUAAACCGUUACAAUGGUUAUCUCCGCAACAUCGACCCGAAUACUUUUCCCAGUGUCACUUCGCCGAAUUGUCAAAUCACCUAAAAUGUUGUUGGCAAAAAAUGAAACUUAAUACUACUGUAGCUUACUCCAUAUGGAAGUAAUAUACUCAAUAUUAGUAAUUUUCGGCGAAACGAUAAUUCGGUCAAAAGUUUGGAGGUGUUAAAAUCGGGUUUGAUUAUGGUGUAUAACUUUUUGCGACCGAGAUUUUCAGACGCAAUAAUUACUUGGAUUUUAAAAGAACAAUCGAUCUUACGACUGUUAGGCCAAAACUCGCGUUUUGGUAUAUAAAUGUCUAAUACAACUAUACAUUUCCAAUUUUCUACAUAACAUUCCCAGAUGCAUUUUAGUUGAAAAAUAUAAUAAAGAAACUAAAUACUUAUUGAUGCAAUCAUGACAAAUCAUACACACUUAUGCAUUCGACGAAAUAAAAAUAAUAAUAAAAAACUACAUAAGAAUAAUAAAAAUGAAAAACGUUCCAAUCGAGACAUUGCCAUAUUUUUGUUUUCUAUUUAUGAUUUUUUUUAUUCCAUUAAGGUGCCAUUUCUUCCAUUUUAAAAUUAUAAAAGCGUCUUUUUUUAUUUAUAUUUCAAAUAGGACAUUAUUGUGAGUGCUUGAUUUUUUAAAAAGAACUACAAAAUACCUAAAAUGCUUUUUUUUCUAAAUAUGCUAUAGCAAAUUACUCUAGACCAAAAUUCGACCAUAUGACAAAUACUUUUAAGGUUUACAUUAGUAGGUAUUACUUGAUGACGAUAAAAAACGAAUUAAUGAAACAGUAAUAGUUCAGUAGGUUAGUUUCUAACUAGUCAAAUCAGUUACUUUUUGCUAAACGUCAAAACACGAAAUUACUAUGGAAUUUGUAUGAAAAAGCACACUGUGACGUCAUAGAAACACGUGAUUUUUCUUUAUUAAAUAAUUAAUUAAAAAAAAAAGAAAACGUUUUUUGUCACCUUUAAAUCUGUCUUUAUUUAGUAAUCAAAAUUUCAUAAUUUAUCUUUGGUUUAGGAAACUACCCAAUUUCAGACGCUCGUAAUGAGGAUAUAAACUACCUAUUUCUCUCAUCAGGUGUCGCUACUGUCGAGUGUUCUUAAAUUUUGACAGCUCCCCAUACUAUUUGAGUAAACAUAUUGUUUUGGUUAUAUUUCUACACAAUAACCCUUUGCGCAGCGUUUAACUGCAAAAUCAUAGUGUUAUAUUUUAUUCCCUAAAGAUCGGAAAGAAGAAAUAAACUACUUUCUUUCCUACAAUGGUGGGCAAAGCGAGCAGUCUUCAUUAUUUAACCAUAGUGUGUUUAUUUACAUAAACAGCCUAUAUACGUCCCACUGCUGGGCACCGGCCUCUCCUCAAUCAACCGGAGGGGGUAUGGAGCAUACUCCACCACGCUGCUCCAGUGCGGGUUGGUGGAGGUGUUUUUACGGCUAAUAGCCGGGACCAACGGCUUAACGUGCUCUCCGAAGCACGGAAUCAUCUUACUUUUUCGGACAAUUAGGUGAUUCAAGCCUGAAAAGUCCUUACCAAACAAAGGGCAGUCUCACAAAGUGAUUUCGACAAUGUCCCCAUCGGGUUAUUUAUUUAUUUGUACACAAUAAAACACACAAGGAACAUACAAAGAAAACAGACAGUACAGGAAAGCUUAUCUCUAAACAAAGAGAUUUCUUCCAGCUGACCUACU